ACCAACUGCAAUUUCAUUUUUCUCUAAACCCAACCCACCUACUCUUCUACUGCUCUACUCUUUUUCCCUUCCCAAAUAAUUUAUGCUCUCAAUCUUUAUUUGCAGUGUAUAGUAUAGUAGUGUCACAUUGCCAUUUCAUCUGGGCUUAGCUCUAACGAUGAGGAGUGUUGUAUCUGCUAACAUUACAUCUUUCAUUGCCAUUCUCGCCCUUCUUCUUCAUUAUUCUACCUGCACCUUUGCGAUUCCCAUUCUUCACCCCCAAGAUUUCUUGGCUUUGCAGGCUAUUCGGAAAAGCUUGCAUGAUUUGCCUGGUUCUCAAUUUUUCGCUUCCUGGGAUUUCACUUCCCACCCCUGUAAUUUCCCCGGUGUUAUCUGCGAUGCUGAUAGGGUUAUCUCCUUGAAUCUCGGUGAUUCCACAGCCGGGUCGCCCGGUUUAACCGGACAAAUUGACCCGGCUAUUGGUAAGCUUUCUGCUCUCGCCGAGUUUACUGUGGUUCCGGGAAGGAUAAUCGGUACAUUGCCGGAAAAUCUGUCGCAGUUGAAAAGUCUCAGGUUCCUAGGCAUCAGCCGGAACUUUUUGUCGGGGAGGAUUCCGGCGGCUAUUGGUCAGCUCAAGAGACUACAAACGCUUGAUCUCAGUUUCAAUCGGUUCACCGGAAGUAUUGCUUGGGAAAUCGGAGCCUUGCCGGCAUUAUCCAACGUCAUUCUCUGUAACAACCGUCUCUCCGGUUCAGUCCCUCCGUUUGUCUCCCAAACCCUAACCCGGCUCGAACUAAGACAUAACAACCUUUCCGGUUCACUCCCACUGAAUGCUUUCCCUUCCUCGCUUCAGUACCUUUCUUUGCCGUGGAACCGGCUGGCCGGCCCAGUAGACCGGAUCCUAACCCGGCUAAACCGGUUAAACUAUCUCGAUCUAAGCUCGAACCAGUUCACCGGCUCUAUUCCGGGAAUCAUAUUCAGUUUCCCGAUCACAAAUCUGCAACUUCAGAGAAACAAAUUCUCCGGUCCGAUUUUGCCGGUUCGUCAGGUGACAAUCCAGACCGUUGAUCUCAGUUUCAACCGUUUUUCCGGUGAAAUAUCUCCAUUUUUCUCGACCGUACAGAGCUUAUACCUUAACAACAACCGGUUCUGGGGUCAAGUCCCCGGCGGCUUAGUGAAGCGGUUACUAUCGGCGAAUAUACAGAUUCUGUAUUUACAGCACAACUACCUGACCGGAAUGGAGAUCAAUCCGACGGCUGAGAUUCCGAUAAGCUCAUCGUUAUGCGUGCAGUAUAACUGCAUGGUUCCGCCGGUUCAGACCCCGUGUCCGUUGAAAGCUGGGAAGCAGAAGGCCAGGCCUACUGAGCAAUGUGUUGAGUGGAAGGGUAGAACGGGGAAUUGACGGCUGCAAAA